GGAGAGAGAGAGAGAGGGGGAGAGAGAGAGAGAGAGAGAGUGAAUUCCGCAGCUGUCACGGAGCGCGCGCAGGAAUGUGAGUCUCACUGUGGGACUGACGUUUGGAGACCGGAACCGGGAGCCCUUUAGCCUCGCUGUUCCUGGAGGAAACGUCCGGUAACUCCUCGGCUCUUGAAGCAAUGGCUCCGGGGCGAUGACGGGGCGCUGAGGACGCGAGCCGUACCUCGGCGGCCAUGGCCAGCUCUCUCGCCGCCGGCGCGGCUCCGAGCUUCGAGGAGCAUCGCAAGCACUCCCCGCUGCUCUUCUACCGGGCCGUGCGGGACCUGAAGCCCGCCUGGAUGCUGGAGGACAUGCGCACCAUGGAGACGUUUUACCGGGAGGAGGACGCCAGCCACAGGACGUACACGCCGUCGGAGGCGCUGCUCUACGCGAUAGUCCACGACCACCAGGCGUACGCGCGCUACUUGCUCCACCGGCACGCCGACGAGGCGCUGGCGAGGCCCGGGGAGCGCUUCUGCCGCUGCCCGUCCCCCGCCGCCCCGCACCUGGCCAUGGCCGUCCGCUACGACCGGCGGUGCAUCCUCGGCCUCAUCUUGCAGGAGAGCCACCGGAGAGCCGGCGCGCCCUCUUCCUCCUGCUCCUCCAGCGCGGACCGAACCGGGUGCUUCCACAUGGAGGACGGCCGGACCCCUCUGCAUCUGGCCUGCGAGCUGCUGCGACCCGAGGCGGUCGUCAUGCUGCUGGGGAGCGGCGCGUCCCCGCACGCCCGGGACCGCGACGGCCUGACGCCCCUGGACGUGGUGCUGGAGAAGCUCGGGGUCCGGGGCAAGGAAGGGGCCGGCGCGGCGCGCGGCCGCAGGCAGUGUCUGGACAACCUGCUCAUGUUCAUGCCCAAGGUGCACUUCAAGAUGAAGGGGGCCCUGAGCAGGGAGCCGGAGCGCUGGAGCGAGCUGCUGGGCGAGGACACCUACACGUACCUGGCGGACAGGAGGCCGGCUCCGCUGGCCCUCGCCGCCAUGCAGACCGUCCUGCGGCAGCUGAGCCCCGCGACCUUCCCGGACAGCCUGCACGAGCUGCCCAUCCCCUCCUCCCUCAAACCCCCCGGCCUGCUUCCCGUGACCCAGCGGGUGGCGGCGUAGCCUUCGGCGUGACUUUGAUGCAUGCUCCACUAUUUAUGCAUGUGUGUGUGUGUGUGUGUGUGUGUGCGUGUGCGUGCGUGCGUGUGCGCGUGUGUUUGAAGAAGGAGGUAACACUUCAUUAUAGGGCUGCACAAAUACACACCAACAGUCAGGGAACACGUGAACGUAUCCCCAGAUGUGACGUCAUACACACUGAUUGGCUGAAGAACCAGGGAAUAAACAGCCAUACUCUUUUAUUUUGUGCUAAUCCAGGCAUUAAUAAGCAGUUUAUUUGUCUAACCUCAUGCUAAAGUGUUACCUGCUAAUACCACUGCUGUGUAUCAUAACAGAGGAGGCCAGCUGACGUCUGCUGUGUCUUAUUUGGGUUUUUAUUUUAACGUAAUGUUGAAAAAAAUGAUCAUUUGAGAAACAAGUCAGGUGAAAAUCUUUAAAUAAACAGGACUUCCAAGUGA